AUGGGCACCGGCGACCCCCAGCUUCCAGAGAACUGGACUGAUACGCGAGAAACCAUCGUAGAGGGGAUGACUUUUAACCUUCGUCACCUUGGCAUGACACUCGUUGACCAGCCCAAAGGAGCAGAGUUGUCAGCGGCUGCUGUAAAGAGGAUCUUUGCCACGGCGAAAGCCAGCGGGAAAAAGCCUCAGAAGGUUGCUCUCAAAAUUUCUCCUCAGGGAGUCAUGGUGUUUGACUGGUCCACCAACAAACUCCUGGAAAACGUCUCCAUAUACAGAAUAUCCUACUGCACCGUGGACAAACUGCAUCAUAAAGUGUUUGCUUAUAUCGCUCAAAACACCCUGAAUGGCACCCUGGAGUGCCAUGCCUACCUCUGCUCCAGGAGGAAAGUGGCUCAGGCAGUGGCUCUGACGGUAGCCCAGGCCUUCACCGUAGCAUUUGAGCUGUGGCAAGUAGCCAAAGAAGAAAAAGAGAAACGAGUUAAAUCUGGCUCUGCAGGAGAGACCAGCAGCAGUUCUUCCUCAGAGAGAUCAAACAGCUCGGGGAGUCUGAAAGGAGCUGUUGUUGCCACAGAACAUCUGUUGGACUUGGAGGACAGUGUGAACACGGUUCAGCUGGAAAACGACGGACCCUCUGAGACCAACAACAACCAUGCUUUGGAAAUAGAAGACAGUUUGGAUGAAGCCUUUUCCAGACUGGCAGUGUCACGUACUAACCCCCAGGUCUUGGACACUGGGGUGAUGCCCGAAGACUGGAUCGCUGAACUGGACCAGGACGGCACCAAUGGAAACACACUCAAAGGUUUCAGCUUGUAUAAGGACGAUAUCUCUUGCUUUUGA